AUGAACACGAGCGAAAGCAACGAAUUGCCCGAACUCGAUGACUUCCAUAGGUUUCUUUAUGAUUAUUUUGAGGAUAAAGGGAUUUUGACGGAUCUAAUCGCUCACUUGAGGACGCAAAUGAUAAAAAUAUUGAACACCUCACUUGGAACUGUGAUAACUAACAAACAUAAGGAAAUCUCACCAAAGAGUCAAGCUCUGAAUUUACUGAUAGCAGAGUACAUGCUGCAGAAGCAAUAUCACUAUGCCUUGUCAGUAUUUACAACUGAGGUACCUUUAGGCCAAAUAUUUCCAACAAUUAAUGAUGAAAUCAUGGAGUAUCGGUUUCCUGAAAAUGAUAUGUGGGAUAUAUUAGAGACAUUGGUAAUUAUUAAGAAUUCAGAAAAAGGUAAAACUAUUUCUAACAAUUAUACUAGCACCAAUGAAUAA